AUGAGUGUGAGGGAAUAUCAAUCAUUAACUCUGCUUGUUUGCGAGUGCACGUACGUCAAUAUUUCUCUUUUCAUGAAGCGUGAUUACAUGUUUGUCUUUAUCGGCCUCUCUCUCUGCUUCUACGCGAAGCAGGAGAGGGGGGGUCGUCGACGGGCGGACGGCCCGUGGAAUCGGUGCCGCCUCGAGUCGGUCCAGUCCUGGCGGCGGGAGUCGAUUGGGCGGGCGGCGGACGGUCAAAAGGGCGGCCUGCCAGAGCGAGUGGUCGAGUCGUGGGGUUGGGCUGUGCGACGCGUGUGUCUGACGCUGUGUCUGCGUCUUUACGGGCCGGCCGUUGUCGAGCUUUGGUCUGUUUGCAUGCCGCUGGACUGA